GUGUGAGACCCGAGGCGGGCGGGGAAGAGGCGUGUCGAGGACUCGCGCGGUGUAGCCCUGCCGGCCCCUGCGCUGCUGCUCCCGGGGAGCGCUCAGGUCCAAGCCUUCGGGAGCCGACUCUGCACUACACCUGGCCCCCGACCCCGGAACUACGGGGAAGAACCAAAACCUGGAUGGGCUCAGCGGUCUCCGGCAGAUCGCUAACCACCGCAGCUGUGGCAGGUAAAAAGAUUGCCGUUUCAACUCAGGGAAGCAGUGGGCUUGCUGUCUUUGUGUUUUAAACUGCAGCAGCAACUUUGAGAUCAACAAUGAAGCAAUGAUAUCUGAGACCAGAGGAGUGUUUGCCAAGUCAGUGUCAGCACAUUUCAUGUGAUUGUACAAGAAACAAUCUGCAGCAGACCUAUGUGGCAGCUAGUGUAGGGAGAAUGCUUUCUUCUGGAACUACUUAUUUAGAAGCAGUUUCAAUACAGAUUAUUUAAAUUCUAUCUAUAUCAAAUGAAAUAAAAAUGAGUGAAGCCCCCCGAUUCUUUGUUGGGCCUGAAGAUACAGAAAUUAACCCUGGAAAUUAUCGUCGUUUCUUCCACCACGCAGACGAGGAGGAGGAGGAGGAGGAUGAGUCUCCACCGGAAAGGCAGAUUGUGGUGGGAAUAUGUUCCAUGGCAAAGAAAUCCAAAUCUAAACCAAUGAAGGAAAUUCUGGAACGAAUCUCUUUGUUUAAAUAUAUCACAGUAGUAGUAUUUGAAGAGGAAGUUAUUUUGAAUGAACCAGUGGAAAAUUGGCCUUUAUGUGAUUGUCUUAUUUCUUUCCAUUCUAAAGGAUUUCCACUGGACAAAGCAGUUGCCUAUGCAAAACUCAGGAAUCCAUUUGUAAUCAAUGACUUGAAUAUGCAGUAUCUCAUACAAGAUAGAAGAGAAGUAUAUAGUAUUCUUCAAGCUGAAGGCAUCCUACUUCCUCGGUAUGCAAUUUUGAACCGUGAUCCAAAUAAUCCAAAAGAAUGCAAUCUGAUUGAAGGGGAAGAUCAUGUAGAAGUAAAUGGGGAAGUUUUCCAAAAGCCAUUUGUAGAAAAGCCAGUCAGUGCAGAAGAUCACAAUGUUUACAUUUAUUAUCCAACAUCUGCCGGAGGUGGAAGUCAGAGGCUCUUUAGAAAGAUUGGUAGUAGAAGUAGUGUAUAUUCCCCAGAAAGCAAUGUGCGAAAAACAGGCUCGUAUAUAUAUGAAGAGUUUAUGCCUACAGAUGGUACUGAUGUUAAGGUUUAUACUGUGGGUCCCGACUAUGCUCAUGCUGAAGCUCGAAAAUCUCCUGCUCUGGAUGGCAAGGUGGAACGAGACAGUGAAGGGAAGGAAGUAAGAUACCCUGUUAUUCUCAAUGCACGAGAGAAGUUAAUUGCUUGGAAAGUCUGCCUUGCCUUUAAGCAAACAGUUUGUGGCUUUGAUUUGUUGCGAGCCAACGGACAGUCCUAUGUCUGUGAUGUCAAUGGGUUCAGUUUUGUGAAAAAUUCCAUGAAGUACUACGAUGAUUGUGCAAAAAUACUUGGAAAUAUUGUAAUGCGGGAGCUUGCUCCACAGUUUCAUAUUCCAUGGUCAAUACCCUUAGAAGCUGAAGAUAUUCCAAUUGUACCAACUACAUCUGGAACUAUGAUGGAACUUCGAUGUGUCAUAGCUGUCAUACGUCAUGGGGAUCGAACACCUAAACAAAAAAUGAAAAUGGAAGUGAGGCAUCAAAAGUUUUUUGAUCUUUUUGAAAAGUGUGAUGGGUAUAAAUCAGGGAAGUUAAAACUCAAGAAGCCAAAACAGUUACAGGAAGUCCUGGAUAUUGCACGGCAACUUCUUAUGGAGCUGGGGCAAAAUAAUGAUUCUGAAAUUGAAGAAAACAAGUCCAAACUUGAACAACUUAAGACUGUGUUAGAGAUGUAUGGUCAUUUUUCUGGAAUUAAUCGUAAGGUCCAAUUGACCUAUCUCCCACAUGGUUGUCCUAAAACAUCCAGUGAGGAAGAAGAUAGCCGAAGAGAAGAGCCAUCCUUACUUUUGGUUCUGAAAUGGGGAGGAGAAUUAACUCCUGCGGGCAGGGUACAGGCUGAAGAACUUGGAAGAGCUUUUAGGUGUAUGUAUCCUGGAGGUCAAGGAGAUUAUGCAGGAUUUCCUGGUUGUGGUUUACUUCGAUUACAUAGCACCUACCGACAUGACCUCAAGAUAUAUGCCUCUGAUGAAGGCCGAGUCCAGAUGACUGCAGCUGCUUUCGCAAAGGGUCUUUUGGCACUGGAAGGAGAGCUUACACCCAUUCUUGUUCAGAUGGUGAAAAGUGCAAAUAUGAAUGGCCUUUUGGAUAGUGAUAGUGACUCUUUGAGCAGCUGUCAGCAACGUGUGAAAGCAAGACUUCAUGAAAUACUUCAGAAAGACAGAGAUUUUACAAAUGAAGAUCAUGAAAAGCUUACUCCAUCUGGAAGCAUUUCUGUUAUCAAAUCUAUGCAUUUAAUUAAAAAUCCUGUGAAGACCUGUGACAAAGUUUAUUCAUUGAUUCAAAGUUUGACUUCUCAAAUCAGACAUCGGAUGGAAGAUCCCAAGUCAUCUGAUAUUCAGCUUUACCAUAGUGAGACAUUGGAGCUUAUGCUACGUAGAUGGUCCAAAUUGGAGAAAGACUUUAAAACAAAGAAUGGAAGAUAUGAUAUUAGUAAGAUCCCUGACAUAUAUGACUGUAUAAAAUAUGAUGUUCAGCAUAACGGGUCCUUGAAAUUAGAAAAUACAAUGGAAUUAUAUAGGCUUUCAAAGGCAUUAGCAGAUAUUGUUAUCCCUCAGGAAUAUGGUAUAACUAAAGCUGAAAAACUGGAGAUUGCCAAAGGCUACUGUACUCCUCUAGUUAGAAAAAUUCGUUCAGACCUUCAGAGGACACAAGAUGAUGACACUGUAAAUAAGCUCCAUCCUGUGUAUUCCAGGGGGGUUCUGUCUCCUGAGCGCCAUGUCCGUACCAGAUUGUAUUUUACCAGUGAAAGUCAUGUGCAUUCCUUACUAUCCAUUCUUCGCUAUGGUGCCUUAUGUGAUGAAUCAAAGGAUGAACAGUGGAAACGAGCUAUGGAUUAUUUAAAUGUUGUCAAUGAACUCAACUACAUGACCCAGAUUGUUAUCAUGCUUUAUGAGGAUCCUAAUAAGGACGUUUCCUCAGAGGAACGCUUUCAUGUUGAAUUGCACUUCAGUCCAGGAGCCAAAGGCUGUGAAGAAGAUAAAAAUUUACCAUCUGGCUAUGGGUAUAGACCAGCUUCCAGAGAGAAUGAAGGCAGAAGAUCUCUAAAAAUUGAUGAUGAUGAACCUCAUACUUCUAAGAAAGAUGAAGUUGAUCGAGCUGUAAUAUUGUUUAAACCAAUGGUAUCCGAACCAAUUCAUAUACACAGGAAAUCUCCACUUCCAAGGUCUAGGAAGGUGACUACAAGUGAAGAAGAGAGCCCCCUGAGUGUGUCUAGCCCAGAGGGUACUGGUACCUGGCUGCAUUAUACCAGUGGUGUGGGUACUGGGCGUCGAAGACGCAGAUCAGGGGAACAAAUCACCUCUUCCCCUGUCUCCCCCAAAUCAUUGGCUUUCACAUCCAGUAUUUUUGGCUCAUGGCAACAGGUUGUUUCUGAAAAUGCCAACUAUCUUCGAACACCAAGGACUCUUGUGGAACAGAAGCAGAACCCCACUGUAGGGACUCACUGUGCGGGCCUGUUUAGCACCUCAGUGCUCGGGGGUUCUUCAAGCGCACCUAACCUACAGGACUAUGCUCGUACUCAUCGUAAAAAGCUGACCUCUUCCGGCUGCAUAGAUGACGCCACACGCGGUUCUGCUGUUAAAAGGUUUUCUAUCUCAUUUGCUCGACACCCAACCAAUGGCUUUGAGUUGUAUUCCAUGGUGCCGUCUAUUUGUCCUCUAGAAACUCUUCACAAUGCCCUGUCUUUAAAGCAGGUGGAUGACUUUCUUGCUUCCAUUGCUUCUCCAUCAACCGAAGUUCUACGCAAGAUCCCUGAAAUUUCCUCUACUCCUUUACGUUCCAGUCCACUAAUGAGAAGAAAAAUUUCCUUAAAUACAUACACACCUGCAAAGAUCCUCCCAACACCACCAGCUCCCUUAAAGAGUACUAAAGCAAGCAACAAACCAGCUAUCAGUGGACCUUCUGCUGCAGUUGCUCCUGGUACCUCAUCUCGGAAAAAGAGUAUAACCAGCAAAGCUGAAGGACAUGAACACAAAAAAAGCACUGGGAAAAAGAAAUGAAAUUGUAUCAAAGACUGGAGUUUAUCUUUAGAUAAAUGACUUUUUCAAUAGCAAAAGAUGUAUAAACCUUGACUGAAGCUUGUCAAAGCAAGUAAUUUGUUUUACAUGAUGCAUCUCUGUACUCAUUUUAAAACACUUUCAGAUCUAUAGGAUUCUUUGUUUAUAUUCAGGUGAGGAGCUUCAUCAUGACCUGGAAAUAUUCAAAAUAAUUUCUAUCAGCAUAAUGUCUGUAACAGAAUUUAUGACAACUGCCUGUCAUUGUUAAUGUGAUGAUUACCAUGUGCCUGUGUAAGACAAAGGACAUAAACACACAGCUGACCUGUACCAGAGUACAGAGUCCUGUCAGGUGCCCUGCAGUACAUGAUUACAUUUCCACAAGACUGUACUCAGUAAAAUUUGACAGGCAGGAACACAUGCUGAUGACUUUUUUUAAAGCAUAUUUCCAAAGAGAUCUCAUUAACCAUUUACAUUAGCAAUUGUUUUAUUCUUAUUGCAAUAUGCUGCAGUAUUUAUUAACUGGGUUAUAUAGAACAUGAAUUAUUUUUUCAGUUGUGCUUUGAAUUUUUUAUUGCAAAUUAUUUAAAAUAUUAUAAAUACAGUUUAGAGAACUAUACCUUUAUACACAUGAAUUUACAAUUUGAUUUGUAGAAAAUAUUUUCUUUAUAUAUUUCUUUACCAUAUGAGGUACUUUGUUCAUCAAGAAAAAUUUUGCUUUCUCUAUUAGGAAGGAAGGUACCUUUGGAGUUUCUUUUUAUUGAACAGAUAUAGCUGAUAAGUUUAUAAAUCUCAUACAUACUAUUCAGAGAUUUUCUUUAGAACUAAGAACUCGGAUUAAAAAAAUGGGAGCUGUCAAUGUUAACCUGACUUGUUGGCAGGUAUUAUGUAGAGCAUCUGUUGCUAGUGUUCCAUUCUUAUGUCCAGUUAUUGUUGAUCUCACCAAGAAAACUCCACAAUUGAGCGUUUGUACUAAAUGCUGCUUACAAAUGAUUAGAUUUGGAAGAAAAAUUGAGAUCAUUGUUGUAAUUUCAUCUAAUAUGGAAAAAAAAAUACUAUCCUUGGUGCUUUUUCCCCUUGAUGCACAAAAAAUUGUAUGAACCAUUUGAAAUGACUUGCAAACUAAACAGUGUAGCCUGCUAAAAAUCUCAUACAUUGGAAAUUAUAUAAUUUAAAUUAAAGCUUUAGCUUCAGGUUUAUGUUUAGAAGAAUUACUGAAGUCUUACUGUAUCAAUAUGGUUAUCAUAAUUCUUCCAAAUAGACUUCUAACCUUAAAUCAUCUUAUGAGCUGACUUUUAGAGAAUAAGCAUAUUACAUGUUGGUUGUUUUAAAAGGGAUCAUAUAUAUAUAUAUGUGUGUGUGUGUGUGUGUGUGUG